UAAAUCAUUUAUAAGUUUAUUGUAUAAUAAGAUAGUAAGAUUUUAUUCUGAAGGCGUCUCCAGGAAGUGACCGUGUCACGGCUCACCCGGCAGCCCUUGGAGGGGGCGGGGCUUCGGGGCCUCUGUCAGUUGGACGGAGCAGCGGGAGGAGCGGCAGCAGGACGCAGCUCGGGCUGACGCGCUGCUCCUUUGUGACGGGCACACUCCCCGCUGCGGCCCUUGGCAUGCUGGGCCUCCCCUGGAGCCGGACCCACCUAGACCGGGACCGAUUCACCGGAUACACUUCGGACCGGGAGACCACCGGUUGAUAGCGCGAGCUUCAGAGACCAGUCUGAGGGUUUGGGUCUGGAUCUGGGUCCACUGUUUUUCCUGCAGACCCUCCAGAUCCUGAUGCUGCAGAGACGAUGAGGACCUUGAUCCUGCAGAGACCCUGAGGACCCUGAUGCUGCAGAGACCCUGAGGACAGGUCAUGUCCAGGAGGGACCAGCUAGAGGCGACCGUGUCCGGACUCGGGGAGCUGGAGUACCUGAGGCAGCGGCAGGAGGUGCUGGUCCGGACUGCACUGGAGCUCCGGGAGGAGGAGAAGAAGGAGGAAAAGGACGAGAAUGAGGAAAAGGAGGAGAAAGAGGAGAAGGAGCAGGAGCCAUGGAGCUCCGUGGAGAACAUCCUGCUGUUUAGAAAACAGCUGAACUGUCUGAGGAGGACAGACGCUGGACUCACCAGUCAGCUCCAGGACCUGGACCGGCAGAUUAGUGACCUGCGAUUGGACAGCGAGGCGUCACAUGACCAGCAGGAGACGGACAGCCGACCCAGUUCAGGGUUCUAUGAGUGUAGUGACGGUGUCUCUCUCUCCAACUCGUCAAACUCCGUCUUCAGUGAAUGUUUCUCUUCCACGGCUGAAGCUGAUGGUCGUCUUCUGUCUGCAGUGGCCGUCUGUUUGGACUGUGCCGGUCUGGUCGGAGGACUUUGUGAGGACCCCUCAGUCCGCCGCUCGCUCUCUGCUCCUCACCCGGCUUCUCUGGAUCCGGCUUCGUCAGUGGACUCCCAGUCUAAGUACCACUGCAACCUGAUAGCCCGAAAUGGCAGCGAAGUUUACCGCUACCCGAGUCCGCUUCACGCCGUGGCCGUCCAGAGCCCCGUCUCCCUGCAGAUGGAGGGUCCCGGGGAUCCCAGAGGUCCCGGCAGAGACGUUGCUGUUGAAGAACUCAUACCAGAACCCUCUCCUCUACCUGCUUCUGAUUCAGAUCCUCCUGUGUGUCAGAGCUCCUCUUGGCUGACUUCUUCCUCUCAAGCUCCUUCCUAUAGGCGACUGGACAGCUACAUCUGCAGUCUGCUGCAGCGGAGGGCCCUGCCCUUCAGGACCAGCAGACCCAGGACCAGUAUCAGCGCUGACCCAUCAAUGAACAUCCUAAAACAGGCCAAUCUCUGUGUCAGGCAGUUGUCUGGGUCGGGUUUAAGGACUCUGAGGAAGUUUGAAUUCAAACCCUGCGGGCCGACCGGAGGAGCAUCAGCAGGAGGUGCCGCCCCCUUGUCUCCUCAGUGGUCUGUGGACAGUAAAUCUGAGGAGAACCAGAAUGUCUUCCCUGAUAACAGCAUUGACUCCAUGCACAACAUCUUCAGGAUAAACAACAAGGACUCGGCACAACACCAGAACAUCUCUCUUUCUGGUGUUGGCCUCCAAAGAUACUCUUCUGUCACCAACCAGGACAUUGGUACAAGCAGCAAAACGCUUCCUCCUCCCUCCGCAGUAUCAGACCUCAGGGGGCCGGGUGGUCCCAAAGCUAACUCCUCGCCCAAAGAGACCAAGGAACCAUAUUACUCUCUGGAUCAAGACAGGCUCCUCAAAUCACCAGCAAUCACCAAAACAUCUGCUCCCAAGAACAGCCCGAAGCCUCCACAAACUUUCCAGAAAGAGAAGGUUGAUAGGUCAGUGCUCGAGGUAGCCGGUUCCUCCUCCCAGAGUCAGAAGGAAGCAGGAGGAGGAGGAGGAGGAGGAGGAAGGAGUCAUAUGGUUAACACCAAGAGCAUUCCCGCCCAGCAGCACACCUUCAAACUCCGCAAGACCAGCAAGAAUGUGAAGACGGUCAAGAUGAAGACGAUCAUGACAAUGAGGACAAGUCGGGGCUCUGAACACAACGAGCCUCCGUCAGAGAGGAGAGGGGACAAGUCUCACCAGAGGUCCGGUUCUAAAAAGUCCCGCCUGUUGAACGACGGAGGCUCCGUCAGCACUAAAGCCAGCGGUACUCCUGUCGCGUGCACCUCCUGGAUCAAUUGCCCCUCUGCGUCCAUCCUAGAGAGCCGAGUUCUGGACCAACAGGCCACAUCGACAUCGAGCAGUGUGCAGUCAGGUGCGUCCAGGCACCACCUCCAUGGACACCACCACCAUGGACACCAUCACCAUGGUCACCAUCACCACAGACGAGAACAAGUCUCGGUCGUUGCCAAACUGAAGUACAAACGGAAUGAUUACCGGCGGUUAGGUGUGAUUGUGGAGGUACCCAACAAUGAGUCGUUCAGGCGCGCUCAGAAAAAGGAGCUGUCGAUCCAUUCUGCAGCCGGUGUGCCCCCCCCCUCUCCUGAGCAGGUGAGCAGCCCAUAUUCCUACGUGGCAGGAAGUGACUCUGAGUAUUCGGCCGAGUGUGCGUCUCUCUUCCACUCCACCAUCGCUGACUCCAGUGAGGACGAGAGGUCCAACUGCACCACAAACCGCUUCGGAGACAGCGAGUCUGGUGAGGUGGAGUACGUUAAGGAGAGCUCCACCGGCGAUACGGAGGAGAGUGGAGGAGGCGGGGCCUGCUGUGGGACAGGUGGGAUGGGCCAGAGGCGGAGCCAGUCGGGGGCAGCUGGGGCCAGAGCGGCAGGGAAGGAAAUGACUCCGGCUCAGUCGAAGGCCUUCGUUAAGAUCAAGGCCUCCCACCACCUGAAGAAGAAGAUCCUCCGAUUCAGGACGGGUUCUCUCAAACUCAUGACCACCGUGUGAGGACGCCAAACUGGAACACAACCGAUCGGUGGGGGGGCCUUACCAAUGCACUCCUAGUGUACCUGAACCCCGCCUGAAGGAGGAGCAGACAGUGCUUCACAGUACUCAUGAGCCCGAGAGGCGAUGCCGUCUUUGUGAAAGCAUGCACAAGUUUUGUCUCAGUAACAAGAAAAAAGUUUUUCUUAAUUUUGUAUCUCUUUCAUAUCCAGCAGUUUGUGGUCAGCAGAUACAGGUGAAGUCCAUCUCAACGACCCAGUCUCCUGGUGGUUGUGAUGCUGAAUCACAGGGAGGAAACCUGUGGAGUAUCUUGUUAAUUAACUUUACAACAGUUACAUAAACAUCUUGAUUGGU